AAAAGAGGAAAAUUUUAGUUUGUUGCAGAUAAUGUGUAACAUCCAUUUUUUUAGAAAUAACUAAUUCAUUAAAGUUAAGUAAUGAUAAUGAAUUAGUUAUUUCUUUCCCGAGAGAGAAAGAGAAAGAAGAAGAAAAAAAAAAAAAAAAACUUAUAAAAGUAAAAAAUGUUUUAGAAAUGGACCGAAGAACAGAAAAUCGAAAACCUUUCGUGAUGUGAGGUAAGCUUGUAGCUUAAAAACCAUUUUCAAAGAGGCCGUAAAACCCAUAAUCUCGCCGUCACUUCCAUUCUUCAACUUUACGCCGCCGUCGUCGCCGUCGCAACCGCCAUUAUCACAACCUUCAGUUCCAUCCUUCCUUUUUCUCUCUCCUCAACUAUGGCAGUCCAAACCGAAGAAUCCAACCACCGACUAACUACCGAGCACAACCCUAUCUCCAACAAUGGCGACGCCGACGACGAGCCAAAACCAGAAGAAGACGACAACAGCAAUGGAGAAGAAGAAGAAGACGAUGAAGAAGAUGAAGUCGCAGAAGAAGAUGACGACUACGUCGAUGAAUCUGUUGCGACGGCGAAAUCAAAUAUAGGUUUGAAUAAGGAAAAAAUGACGAAAUUCGCGAAUCGAUUGAGUUCUGAACCAAUAACCCUAAGAGUUCAUGAUGUGAUUAUCAAAGGGAAUCUCAAAACUAAGGAUUCUGUAAUUGAAGCUGAGAUUAUGGAUGACCUAAAACGAGCUUCAACGCUUCAGGAGAUCUUUCAAGCUGCUGCAAUCGCUAAUUUGAAGCUUCGGCAGCUUGAUAUUUUUGAUACGGUUAAUUUUACGAUUGAUUCUGGACCGACGGAGUUGCCUGGUACUGCGAAUGUUGUUAUCGAGGUUUCGGAGACGAAGAAUCCUCUCACUGGUGAAAUUGGGCUGUUCACUAAGCCUGGGGCUAGAUCUUGGUCCCUUGAAGGAGGUUUGAAGCUCAAGAAUCUGUUUGGUUAUGCUGAUGUUUGGGAUGGAUCUGUGUCUUAUGGAUGGGAUCAGACAACAGAGGUGAGUACUGGUGUUACACUUCCCAGAUUGAGACAUUGGCCCUCUCCCGUGUUUGCUCGAGCAUCUCUACUCUCGCAAGACUGGCUAAAGUUUUCCUCAUACAAAGAACAAGCUUUAGGCCUCGGUCUUGGUCUAAUAUCAACAAGGAAUCAUGAAAUGGUAUACAAUUUGACAUGGCGCACCUUGACAGAUCCAUCUCAAAUGGCAGGUGAAUCAGUUAGGAGACAGCUGGGGCAUAGUUUAUUGUCAUCAUUAAAGUAUACAUAUAAAGUUGAUCAGAGGAAUUCACCUUUGAGGCCUACUCGGGGAUAUGCUUAUAGUUUUACUACUUUAUUAGCUGGCCUUAAUCCUGAUAGUCGGAGUGCACGCUUUCUGCGGCAGGAAUGUGAUUUCCGCUAUGCAGUGCCUUUGGGAUUUUGUCGUGCAGCACUUAAUCUUGGAGUCUCUGCUGGCCUUAUUUUCCCAUGGGGGAAGGGUUUUUUGGAUAGACCAUCAUCUUUGCCUGAUAGAUUUUUCUUGGGUGGCAAUACUUCACCAGUUUGUUCAUUAGGAGGGCCAAGUUCAGUAUUGGGAUUUAAGUGCCGAGGACUUGGACCUACUGAACCGCAAAGACAAACUAGAGAUAAACCUGAUGGUGAUUCCAGUGUUGCUGCUUCUGAGAGGGAUGCUGUUGGUGGAGAUCUUGCUGUCUCUGCAUUCGCUGAUCUUUCAUUUGAUCUUCCAUUGACAAUCCUCAAGGAAGCUGGGGUCCAUGCUCAUAUAUUUGCUUCUACUGGCAACCUUGUCAAAUUAACAGAGAACGAGUGGCGCAAGUUCUCCACAAAGGGCUUCAUGCAGUCAUUUCGAAGUACUGUUGGAUGUGGUGUCAUUGUUCCGACAAAAUUAUUACGUCUUGAGGUUAACUAUUGUCACAUUGUGAAGCAAUUCGAGCAUGAUCAUGGAAAAACUGGUGUGCAGUUUUGCUUUUCAUCUCCAUUUUGAACAUUGGAAAGAAGUUGAGAUUCUUUUGCAAUUUCAGUAUUGUACACACCUCCCAAAUUUUUACAACACCGUGAUUUUGAUACUGAAUAACUUGCCCUUUUGACUGGAAAUGCAGUAAAGUGCUUUCUCCAGAGAGGGAAAUGAGAAGAAAAAAAAAAUGUUGCAUUUUGUCUGAAAACUAAUUCAAUAAAUUGCUCUGGAAUCUAGAAAUGCUCA